UGCAUGGCAUACCCUUUCUAGUAUAUUUGGAAGAAAAAAAAAACCAAACAGAAAAGUAGCUCUUCAAUAUUAGUACUACCAUAGCCAAGAGCUAGCCACCAUUGAUUGUAGAGAUUAACGCGAGAGAUCGAGAGUCGAUCGAGGAGUCUUGGAUGGUCUGCAUGCUUUCUAGCUCUUCCUUUUAAUCACCUCCCUCCUAAAGCUUUCCCCUCUCUAACUCCCAUUUCUUUUUCCGACCAGACGAUGAUAGCCGGUGUCGGAAACUUUAACUCUUCGGCAUUCCACACCCAAUUCCAGGUUUCUGCUUCUUUUCCUUUGGAAUUGUUUUAGCAAAGUUACAAAGAGGUUUUGAAGCUUCUCAAGCAGAGAUUGAACACUUCCAAAGCUAGCACAUUGAAGCAGACUUAACUAAACAGAAGGAAAUCGAAAGGUACGAAAAAAAAAAGAAAAAAAGAUGGGUUUCUGGACUCUGCUUGAGGUGGCGUCUAUGCCAGUUCUGCAAGUUUUGAUCAUCAGUCUGUUGGGAGCUUACCUGUCUACUGAGUAUUGCAAUCUUCUUCCUUCAGGCGCCAGAAGAUCCUUGAAUAGGAUAGUGUUUGUGGUGUUUACACCCUCCCUCAUGUUUGCAAGUGUUGCCAAAACUGUCACAUUUGAUGACAUCAUUUCAUGGUGGUUUAUGAUUGUCAAUGUGGGACUUACAUUUUUGUUUGGAACCAUUCUUGGAUGGUUAGUGGUAAAGAUACUGAAACCAAAGCCUUAUCAGGAAGGCCUUGUAAUUGCUACAUGUUCAUCAGCAAACUUGGGAAACCUUCUACUUAUAGUUGUGCCAGCAAUUUGUCAUGAGGAUGGGAACCCUUUCGGCGAUCAUGAAGUUUGUAGCGCAGUUGGACUCUCCUAUGUCUCGUUUUCCAUGGCGCUUGGUGGUUUCUUCAUUUGGACUUAUACUUAUCAGCUGAUAAAGUCCUCAUCUGUGAAAUUUAUAGCGCUUCAAGAAGCAGAAAAUGAGACCGCGAAGAGGCCAAACAAGGAUUUAGAUGCUGAUGGAGCAACUCACCUUCUCAAAGGAGGAGAUGAGGAGCAGGGUUCUAUUGUAGUCUCAUCUAAAUCUGCGGAUCACCCCCCUGCUCAGAUAGUACCUCACGAACCAGAUGUAUCAUUCCCCCGAAAAGUAUUAGCGUUCUUUAAACAGAUUUUACAUGAGUUACUGGCACCACCAACUCUAGCUGCAUUUAUUGGAUUUGUCUUUGGGGCAAUUCCAUGGCUUAAACGCUUGAUAAUUGGUGACUCCGCCCCCCUCCGAGUGAUCCAAGAUUCAAUUGCACAACUUGGGAAUGGAACUAUUCCUUGUAUCACACUUAUUCUUGGAGGCAAUCUCAUCCAAGGCUUACGAGCAUCGACAAUCAAAAUACCUGUCAUCCUUGGAAUCAUCGUUGCACGAUAUAUUCUACUUCCAGUAAUUGGUAUUUGGAUUGUAAAAGGAGCAGACCAACUAGGGUUUCUCCCACCAGACCCUUUGUUCAAGUUUGUGCUGAUGGUUCAAUUCACAUUGCCACCUGCCAUGAACAUUGGUACCAUAACCCAGCUGUUUGAUGUCGCCGAGGCAGAGUGCUCGGUCAUCUUCCUGUGGACAUACUUGGUCUGUGCCCUAGCACUUACCGUGUGGUCUACAGUCUACAUGUGGAUCUUGUCUUGAAUUGUUGAGGGUGGCAAAGCAUUCCUCAAAAGUAGCAUGUAGCAUUAUUUUUGGUUACAGAUUCGCACGCAAGAGCGUAGGAUGGAUCUGGGUUUCUAUAUCUUCUCCAUUUUCUGAUUCAAUUGGUUUCAAAGUAAAAUUUUUGUUUAGUGUGAUUUGCGAGAGUCCGUAGGUCACCUGCUUUUAUCUACUUGAUGUGCAGUAGGAGUAAAGUAUGAAGAGAAACAGGGUUCAGUUUGGUUUUCAUAGGUCAAUGAUUCUCAAGUGUCAUUGACAUUAUGUAGCUUUGUGAAAUAUUUUUCUAGUGAUUGUUCUCCUGGAAUUGAAAUCA